AUGAAUCGGUCUCGUAAUCAAGUUGAUGCAUAUUAUAAUCGUGAUAUAUCUAUACAUAAACCUGGUGUAAUACCGAAAUCAUCUCGUAUGAUUUCACCAAUAACAUCAAAUAAUCAUAAAUAUAAUUUAAAACAACGAAUUUAUGCAAAUAAAACAGUUGAAUCUUGGUUUGCACAUCAUUCACCACAAGAACGUCGAGUUGUUUUUAGUUUUCUUGAUACACUUUACAAAGAUGAUCGUAUAAAUGAAAAUAAAGAACAACGUCAAAAAUCAGCAAAUCCUCGAUUAUCUCAUAGAAUAAAUACAUCUACAAAUUAUUCAUCACAACGACGAUUGUCUCAACAAAAUAGUCAAACAUCAAAACAGGAUCUUGAAGAAGUUCUUCAAUCAUUAAAAAGUCUUCGUCCUUCAACAUCUGUUCAAGAAAAAAGUGUUCAAACAUCAUCAAUUGCUUCAACAGUUCCAUUACCUGAUGUAAAUGAAUCGAAAUCAGAAAUAAAUUCUAAACGUCCAUCAACAUCAAUUGUAAAAAAUUCUGAAACAAUUCAAUCGGAAAAUUCUUCUAAUAAUAUAUCAACUACAAAUGAUAAAACAUCUCGACGUUAUCUUUCACAAACAUGGCGUGUUACUAAUCCACGUGAAGAUGUUGAACUUAAUGUUCGUCCUGAUAAUAAUACAUCAUCAUUUUUUAAUUAUACGAAAAAAACUUUUCCAGAAUAUUUUUUUAUUCAUCCUCAUUGGUAUUAA